AGAAGAGCUGCACCAACCACAGAGAAGACGCCGGUGUGGGUGAAUGGCUGAAAACCACACAGCAGAACAGUUCAGGGACUUAAAGCCUUCUUUGGAUCUUAACAACUUUAGACCCGAUGAACCAGUGGAGGAGUUGGAGAACCAGAAUAUAUGGCCCAGUGCUGCAGACCUCAAGUCUAACUGUCUUGGUCUAAAGCCUCUGCAUGUUAGAGACACGACAUGCAAUUGAAUGUCUAAAAGACCAACAGAGGCGUCUCUACAGUGUGAAAUCACUGGCUCGAAAAUGGAUGGCGAUGCUGUUUUUGGGCACCUGUCUCCUGUACUGUGCCAGGAUGACGGCGCCGGUCUGUGCUGUCUCAAUGGCAGCCACCUUCCACUGGAGUAAAAUCGACUCUGGCCUUGUCCUGGGUGGUUUCUUCUGGGGCUACUGUUUCACCCAGAUCCUGGGAGGACACGUCAGUGACAAAGUGGGGGGAGAGCGUGUCCUGAUCACCUCUGCAGCUUCAUGGGCGCUGAUCACCGCUGGGACCCCUUUGCUAGCUCACCUGGGCUCUCACACCCUCGCUUUGAUGACGUUGGCAAGAAUCCUGAUGGGACUGCUCCAGGGUGUUUUUUUCCCGUCUUUGGCCAGCCUCUGCUCACAGCGUGUUGUGGAAGCUGAGAGAGGGUUCUUGAUGAGCACCAUGCACAGCGGCACUCACCUCGGCACGCUGUUGGCGGGUGGAAUGGGAUCCAUGAUGCUCGACAGGUACGGCUGGGAAAGCAUGUUCUACUGCACUGGGUUCUUAGCUGGACUGUGGGCCGUUACAGUGUGGUAUUACUUAUCAAGAGGUGAUGUUAUAAUGCAGCAAACAGGAACGAAGAGCCACCUCCAAGCAAGUUUGUCCCUGAAACGCUGGCUUUACAUUUUCAAAAAGCCUCCUGUUUGGGCCAUGGUCCUUACUCACAUGUGUGCAUGCAGCACAUCCUACACUCUGUUAUCUUGGCUGCCGACAUACUUUAAAGAAUCAUUUCCUCAUGCAACGCCUUGGGUGUAUAAUGUGGUUCCAUGGUUAACAGCGAUUCCAUCAGCUCUUGGUGGAGGAUUUGUGUCUGAUUUCCUCAUUACCAAAGGAUACGGUGUUGCAUCUGUGCGAAAAAUAAUGCAAGUUGGUGCCAUGGGCCUUUCCAGCAUGUUUAUCUUGCCUUUGUCUGGAGCUGUCCACUUUACUUCUGCUGUGGUUUUCCUUUCUGCUGCAGUCGGGUUGACCACCUUCACCGGAGGUGGUGUGUCUGUAAAUGUGCAGGAUCUCACCCCAUCAUGUGCUGGUGCCCUCUAUGGAUUUAUGAAUAUGAUGGGAGCUUUAAUGGGUCUGGUUCUGGUGUCCUUCUCUGGCUACAUAAUCGAGGUCACUUUGUCCUGGGCCACAGUUUUCUCCCUCAUCACCUUAAUAAAUAUCACAGGCCUUGGGAUCUUCCUCAUCUUUGGAGAUGCUCAACGUGUCGACCUGCAGGAGAAUUGCACAAUCAUUGUGGUUUAAUACCGAGAACUUAUAUUUAUUUUUAUUCAAAUUCUAUUAAUCCCAAAGGGAAAUAAAUAAAUAAAACUGUGCAAGAUUUUUAAAAGAGUUGCAAAUUGCGACGCUGUGGGCUUGACAGGUCUUUCUUCGAGGUCAGUAUUACAAUGGUUCUAAAGAAUUGUCUAACUGAAGA